AUGAAUCCGUUGUCAUCUGUUCGUGGAAUCGACCUUGGAAUCUCUUCAUCAAACACUUUCACUCGAAAUGGAACGACGAAUCUUGACGUUUUCGACGCUAAUCUUCCGACGUUUUCGACACUGCCGCAACUGCACAAUCUCUCGAAAGUCUCUACGUCUCAAUUGAUCCUAACGGUUUCGGUGACAACUCUUUACGCGCCAAUGACACUCUCAAAGCUGCCGACCCUGUCCAUGCUUUGGACAAUGUCGACGCCCACAAGCCGAUGCUCUCGACGCUCUACACGUUUUCGAAAUGCUCAACGCCUUCGUGGAACUCUCGAGGCCUUUGAAGUUGCCAAUGACUCCGACGUUCUCUUAAUUGACGCACAUUUUCACGCUAUCGACGAUCGCGACAGUCUUGUCGCGUUUGACGCCAAACAAGCGAUGCUUCCGAGGCUUCCGCCGUCCAAGAAACCUGCAGCUUUGCGGCCGUCGGAGCUGCUUGAAUGCCAACCGCAUUUCAACGCAAGCAAGCAUCCUCACCUUCUCGAUAUUCACAAGACUGUCGAGGCCAAGCACAUUUCCAAAUCUCCCGAAACUCUCAACCUUGCCGAUGGUACCGACUCUUUCUUCCAAGACAUCGACUCCUCUCGAUGCUCUUCCUAUUCAAUCAUACUCCACCAUUUGACGAAUUUACCCAUCUUGCCUGGACUCGUGCCAUCUUCCAGACUUUUUAAGACAGUGUCGAGACACGGGCGUCUCGUGCUCUCCACUCGUCAUCAAGGCCAGUCUUUGUUCCACCAAGAACUCGCGGAAAUUCCUGAUUUGCACAACCACUGCUGCCUCAUCUACGCUCCCGCCGCCCACUCAGCGCCACUCUCCAGACUACCUUCAGCGAGAUUCAAAGGGCUUGCAUUGACUGAAAUCUCGCUUCGAGUCCCCCUGAGUGUGGUGGCGGACUUGAUGGAACUCGUGCGCCCCAGUCAAGGUUCGAGUCCCGUCUGCAGGGGGUUUAGGUCGCAAGUUGACUUUGCUGGCUCGAGUCCCUUCCGCGGAUGGACGAAAAUGCCUACGUUCAGACUCCUCGCAACCCGCAGCUCGACUCUUCUGCCCUCGAUGGGCAGUUCUUGUCGCCGAAUCGUCCGCAAGCGGUUUCGAAUCUUUCGGAAUACCCAAAAAAACCGUCGGUUCUGCGAUCUCGGUACCCUUCUUCAAUCCAUAGUCUCCAAACAAGUAUAG